UGAAUUAUAAGAUAUCUUACAACUUACAAUUAUCUUAAUUUAUGAAUCGUAAUCGAUACUGAAACUCAAUAGAUAUUCUCAAAUUUCAACCAUUCGGCAUUCGGUUUCGGCAAUCAGUAAUUACCAGACUCACCACUCACCAUUAUUCACUUAUCUAUGCUUACCUUAAGAAGGCUUAGUUAUCAUUAGUCUACACUCUACAGUCUACACUUUGACAGUCAAUACUAAAUCACGUCUUCUUUUAACUUGUUAAAUUCCAUUAAAUUGUUUAUUUAUUUACUCGUUGGUUUUUAAUGUAAAUUAAAUAAACUAGUUGUAUAUGGUAAUGUCUUUUCCAGCCCAAAGCGCAAGAGGUAUUCAAAAUCGAAAGAUUCUGGAAGACUUGGAACUGAAAAAACAGAUAUUAUUAAAAACCGGUGCUGUUCCAACUCCUCCAACAGUCUCUCAUCCUACAACUCCAGGAACAUCUGAUAGUCACUUUCAACGUGCCCAAGCCUUACAGUCUACAGGAUUCUUCAUCAGUACAGAUUCAGCUUUUGGUAAUUCUAUAUUACCUGUUUUACCUCGCAUUGAAAAAUAAUUUUCAAUCAUGGCGGCGGGAACUAUGAAGUUGAAGCAUUUACAGCAUGCUCUUGAAGAUAUUGAAACAUUUGAAAACCCAAAAAUUGAACUAGAACAAUACACUACAUCAUCUCAUAUUGCCGCUUGUGUUCUACAUACAGCCCAAUUUGUGUAUGGCGACAUUACUGAUAAAUGUGUAGCUGAUUUAGGAUGUGGUUCAGGAGUAUUGACUAUUGGUGCCGCUUUGUUAGGUGCUCAUUAUUGUACAGGUUUUGAUAUAGACCCAUCUGCUCUUUCGUUGAGUGUAGAAAAUGCUGCUGAUCGUGAUGUUUCAGGCCAAUGUGAUUUUGUUUUAUGUGAUGUAAAAAAAAUUGAUGAAAAUAUUCAACUUAAAGCAUUUGAUACUGUCAUAAUGAAUCCACCUUUUGGGACGAGAGAAAAAGGAGCUGAUCUAUUAUUCUUAAAAAUGGCUUUAAGUCUUGCUACUAAAGCUGUUUAUUCACUCCACAAAACAAGCACAAGAAAACGUGUUUUAUCCUUGGCAAGGCAAUUGGGUGUUCAUUCUAAAGUUAUUGCAGAGUUAAGAUUUGAUCUACCAGCGUCUUAUAAAUUUCAUAAACAAAAUUCUGUUGACGUAGAAGUUGAUUUAAUACGUUUUGCAUUGCCAUGACUAGAUGAUAAUCUCUAAUUUGUGUAAUUCACAAUCGUUUAAAAAAAAAAAAAAAAAAAAAA